CUCCGAAAGAACGACUAGAAAACUCCAAGAGAACGAUGAAAAAGCUUCAAAAAAACGACGAAAAAGUUUCAGAAAAAAACGACGAAAAAAACCAAACAAACAACGAAAAAGCUCCAAAAGAACGACGAAAAAAGCUCCAAAAGAACGACGAAAAAAGAAGCUCCGAAGAACGACUAAACCUCCUAAAGAGCGACAGAAAGAUUCAAAAACGACGGAAGGGUCCAAAGAACGACGAAAAAGCUCCUAAAAAACGACGUAAGAGGCGUCACGAAAAACAAAAUUUAAGAUCGGAAGUGAUCAUCAUAUAA